CGGCAGUUGGGAGCAGGCGGCGGCGGCGGCGGGUGGCAGCGCGGGGAGGGGCGCGGCGGAGGGAGGCGGUGGCGGCGCGUGCCAUGCGCGCGGGGGGGCGGGCCCGGCGGCGUUAACCCCUCGGCGACCGGUAGCGGUGACCCCCGGGGCCUCGGCCCCGCGACAUGGCCCGGGCGGCCUGAGGGGCAGGGGAGGGACGGGGGCGGCCCCAUGCGGCGCCGGUAGCGGCUGUGCCCGAGGGAACGGAGCAGAGCGCUAUGGCCGACGCGGCCCCCGCUGAGCCGGGGCCGGAGCCCCAGUGCGAACCGGAGCCCCGCUGCGAGCCCGAGCCGCCGCCGGAGCCCCAGCCCGAAGCGGAGCCCGAGCGCGGCGACACGCCCGGGGAGGCCGAGCGGCUGCCGCCCCCCGGGGCGGAGGAGGCGGCGGCAGCGGAGGGCGCGGAGGGGCGGCCGGCGGCGGGCGGAGCGGCGGGUCCCGGCCUGGGCCCGCGGUACCGGGCGGCGGUUGGUCGCAGCGAGCGGUGGCCGGUGAAGAAGAAGCACCGGCGGCGGCCGUCGAAGAAGAAGCGGCGCUGGAAGCCCUACUCGAAGCUGAGCUGGGAGGAGAAGCAGGAGCUGGACGAGCGGCAGAGCCACCGCGCGUCCCGGCUGCGGGCCGAGAUGUUCGCCAAGGGGCAGCCGGUGGCCCCGUACAACACCACGCAGUUCCUCAUGGAGGACCACGACCAGGAGGAGCCCGACCUCAAAACCGGGCUGUACCCGCGGCGAGCGGCCGCCAAGUCGGACGACACGAGCGAGGAGGAUUUCCUGGAGGAGGCGGCCGAGGAGGACGGGGGCAGCGACGGGAUGGGGGGCGACGGCAGCGAGUUUCUGCAGAGGGACUUCUCGGAGACCUACGAGCGGUACCAUGUGGAGAGUCUGCAGAACAUGAGCAAGCAGGAGCUGGUCAAGGAGUACCUGGAGCUGGAGAAGUGUCUGUCCCGCAUGGAGGAGGAGAACAACCGCCUGAGGAUGGAGAGCAAAAAACACGGGGGGGACCCGGCGGAGGCGACGCGGGUGCGGCAGCUGGAGCUGGAGGUGGACAGGUUGAGAGCGGAGAACCUGCAGCUGCUGCGGGAGAUGGACCUGGCCCGGCAGGACCAGGACAAGGACCCCUGCGAGCUGGGGGAGUGACACUGGGGGACACACACACACGACUUUUUACAUUUGCGGGGGGGGGGGCGUGACAUGGAGCUGUACAGAGACGCCGCGGACCCUUUUUAACGGGAAUAAAGGGGAGCGGGGGCCCUGGCGGGGCUCCCCAACUCUUGAGGGGGCUGUGACGGGGUGGGGGGGGUUGAUGUAUUGGUGAUAUUUGAUUUAUGAUUUUAUUAUUUUUGUGUCUAAACCAAAAAAAAAAAAAGGAAAAAAAAUCCCUGGGAAAGCUGUAAAUUGGCCAAAACUGACUAUAAAAAAAAAAAUAUAGAGGUCUAAUAAAUUUAAUUACUUGUAACUGUAA